AGCUUCCUCGCCCUCCUCCACCCGCUCUCCCAUCACCCUCCCCUCCCCUCCCCGGUCCCGAGCUCCCACUCCAGCACCUACUCCGGAGAAGGGGCCUCAGACCAUCACCUGCCCACCUAAGCCUGCCGUGCUCCCUCCCGGGGCCCCACUCCUGAAGCCUCCUGUCCCUGUCUCCCCCAGCCCGGUGCGCCGGGGCUCCCCUCCCGCUCCUCGGUCCCUCCUCCCUCACGGGCGCGGCUUCCCGGCUCCCGCUCCCCGCGCGUCUAUCCCUCUCCUCCCCGCGAAGUUUCGGGGCUGUCAGUCUGUCAGUCUUUCGGGCCGUCAGCACCCGAGCGCAGGCGGCGGGCGCCAUUGUGAGCAGAGCCGGCGGGGCCGGAGGCCCGGGCGCCUGGGUCCCCGCGGCGCUGGCGGAGCGGCCGGCCCGCCAGGGUCUGUGGCCUGAUCCCAGGAGGUGCUACUCUGGGUUGCCAUGAGGGAGACCUUGGAGGCCCUCAGCUCGCUGGGACUGAGCUUGAUACCUGUCCGUGUCCAUGCUGGUAAGAGUGCCUGUCCUUCCUGAGCAGGAUUCUCUGUGGGACAGCCAGAGAUGGCCCCCCAAAGUGAGCCCAGGGAAGGAUCCCAUAAUGCCCAGGAGCAGAUGUCCUCUUCCAGGGAAGGGAGAGUACUGGGCGUGUGCUCAGGACAAGAGGCCCGCACACUGGAGGAAGGUGCCGGCACAGAACAAGCCAAGGCCCCCUGCAGAGGCCAGGCGUGCACAGCACAGAAGGCUCAGCCUGUGGGCCCCUGCCCAGGAGACGAGUGGAUAAUUCGGAAGGUGAAGGUGGAGGAUGAGGAUCAGGAGGCAGAAGAGGAGGUCGAAUGGCCCCAGCAUCUAUCAUUACUUCCCAGCCCCUUUCCUGCGCCUGACCUGGGGCAUCUGGCUGCCGCUUACAAACUGGAGCCAGGAGCCCCGGGGCCGCUCGCGCUGUCCGGGUGGGCUCCGAUCCCCGAGAAGCCCUACGGCUGCGGGGAAUGUGAGCGGCGCUUCCGGGACCAGCUGACGUUGCGACUGCACCAGCGGCUGCACCGGGGCGAGGGCCCCUGCGCCUGCCCGGACUGCGGCCGCAGCUUCACGCAGCGCGCCCACAUGCUGCUACACCAGCGCAGCCACCGCGGCGAGCGGCCUUUCCCGUGCUCCGAGUGCGACAAGCGCUUCAGCAAGAAGGCCCACCUGACCCGCCACCUGCGCACGCACACUGGCGAGCGGCCCUACCCGUGCGCGGAGUGCGGCAAGCGCUUCAGCCAGAAGAUCCACCUGGGCUCGCACCAGAAGACCCACACCGGCGAGCGGCCCUUCCCCUGCACGGAAUGCGAGAAGCGCUUUCGCAAGAAGACUCACUUGAUUCGGCACCAGCGCAUCCACACGGGCGAGAGGCCCUACCAGUGCGCGCAGUGCGCACGCAGCUUCACGCACAAGCAGCACUUGGUACGGCACCAAAGGGUGCACGAGGCGGCCGGCCCGGCCCGGCCCUCUCCUGACGCGCCCGCUUCUCCCCAUCCCACCACCCAGUCCUCCACCCCAUCCCCUCCUGGGCCAAAGCCUUUCGCCUGCUCGGACUGCGGCUUGAGCUUCGGCUGGAAAAAGAACCUCGCCACGCACCAGUGUCUGCACCGCAGCGAGAGUCGCCCCUUUGGGUGCGACGAGUGCACACUGGGCGCCACCGUGGAUCCCGCCGCCGCCGAGCCCCUGGCCAGCGCGCCUGUCGGACCAAGCUGCGUCCCGGAAUCCGAUCCUGCGACGCCCCAGCGCGACCCCUCGGGCGAUCGGUCCUUUUUCUGCCCGGACUGCGGGCGCGGCUUCGCCCACGGGCAGCACCUGGCGCGGCACCGGCGCGUGCACACGGGCGAACGGCCCUUCGCCUGCACGCAGUGUGGCCGCCGCUUCGGCUCGCGGCCCAAUCUGGUCGCCCAUUCCAGGGCCCACAGCGGCGCCAGGCCUUUCGCCUGCGCUCAGUGCGGCCGCCGCUUCAGCCGCAAGUCGCACCUGGGCCGCCACCAGGCGGUGCACACCGGCAGCCGCCCCCACGCCUGCACCGUCUGCGCCCGCAGCUUCAGCUCCAAAACCAACCUGGUCCGCCACCAGGCGAUCCACACGGGCUCCCGCCCCUUCUCCUGCCCGCAGUGCGGAAAGAGCUUCAGCCGCAAGACCCACCUAGUGCGGCACCAGCUCAUUCACCGCGAAGCCGCCCCCGCGGCCCCGGACGCCGCCCUCGCGCCCCCAGCCUGGCCCGCUCCCCCCGAGGUGGCGCCGCCCCCGCUCUUCUUCUGAGCUUUGUUCUCACCUGGUCCCUUCCUUUGCCCACAGUUUCGAGAGGCCCGUGCCAUGAGAACAUCUGGCUUGUGCACUGCGGCCGGUGCUGCUGCCGGAAGGCUUGGCCCCCGCGGGACUCCUGUUUCCUUCCCGCAGUGUCUGAGUCCGCACUGCGCUCCCAGCUCCGACCUCCUAGGGCAGAGUGCGAGCGAACCUGUGCUGGGAACAGUUGAGGCUGAAGUCCUUGCAAGGCUCCCACCCAGGUGCCCCAUCGGAAAGCAGAUGUUUCCAGCGCGGCCUCGACUGGGGCGGGAAGGAGUGGUUAUCUACGUAGUUAAAGUUUCAUAAAAACUAAAAUCACAAAGUUCCGGG